CUCUCAAUAUACGUUAUGGAUAAGAUAUACUAAAGGCAUCAACUAGAUUUAAGCCUCAAAGUUCUAAAAGAAAUUUCAAUUUUCUCUCUCUUUGUCGGUGUACGCAGAUCUUAUGCAUUCAACGAUCUUGGCACCUGCUUUCUGUUGUUGUUCUUCUGGUUUGGCUUUGUGGGGUGAAACAAAUUGUGGUUUUCUGGUUGAGGGUAGCUGAAAGGUGGAUUUUUGUGUGGAAAUGAGAGUGCUUUUGCUGGUGGGGUGGAGUGUAUGUUAGAGGGUGGUUUUGGAAAGGGAAGGUGCAUGUGGGAUCUCAAUUGGGUUCUAUGUUUGGUGAAGAAGGGUUUGGGGGAAGGGAGAAUUAGCUGGUAUUGUUGUGGGUUUGUGAUAAUGAGCAGGGGUAGGUGGGGCAAAUGUGGGUGAGGAAAACGGUGUGAGAGAUUUGAGUUUUGAGGGAAGUAAAUUUGGGACCUGGUUUUGUUCAGUUUUGGGCUUGAUCUUCACUCUAUAGGUAUGUUUUGGAGAAUUUUUGGGUGUCAGGGGAAAAUGCAGCAAGAUCACCGGAAAAAGGUGGAGUUUUUAUUGUGUGGUGUGUAUUUGUGUUGAUUGGCUUUGUAAUUGUGUAAUUGGGAUUGGGGAAUAAAGAUUGGAUUUGGGUGCUUUUGUUUAAUCUGAAUGUUGUUUGAGAUAGACAAAUUUUCAGUGUGAUGAGUCUAUGGUUGUGUUGGUGAAUGAAUGGUGUGUGCUGAGAAUUUUUUAAUAUAGCAUUUCUCCUUAGGGUCCAUCCAUGAUUUAGUUCCUCUCUCUCUCUCUCUCUCUCUCUCUCUCUCUCUCUCUAGAAUGUUUCUUACACAUGAUUUGGCUGGCACCGCUAGAUCUUCUAGUUUCCAACAUUUUUCGGAGGGUUUGAUGUAAUGUACUUGCAUUUUAACGAAUUAGAUUGCUAUUUUGUUGACCCCAUCAUAUUUUAUUUUUCUCUUUCCACACUUGUUGAGUUGAGCCUUUUCAAGUUUGUGCCAAUACCUAGUGGCAUUCACUUUUUUAUAUGCUUACAAGUUUUUCCUGAUCGGAUAAGAUUUUGUCUACUAUUUGUUCUUGUUUUAUUAGGUUUCUGGUUUAUUCUAUUUUCUCUAUGCUUGCAUUUCCUUCUUUUAUGGAAUGGGUUGAAUUUAUUUUAAAUAAUUAAUUAGGUGUAAUAGAUUGUAUAAAGAGUUGGGAUUUGGAGUUGGUAACGCAUGUGUAUUUUAUGUGUUGAUGCUCUUCUUGCGGAAUCAGUGUGUACAUUCCUGCUGAAUUGAAAGAAAAUAGAAAAUGUUGAUUUGCUUCAAUGCAAAUAUGUAUUUGAUUUUGUACAAGUUGAAAUAUGAAGUUGAUUUUGAAUUGGAUAAAGAUGUCGUUUUUUGUAGUCUAUAUAUAAACUUAUUUUUAUCAAUAAAUAUUGAGGUAUAUUAUUAAAAUGCCAAUUUAAACAUGAUACACAUAGUUUAUUUAGACUUUUAUAUGUAAUUUUAAAUGUUAAGAACCUAUAAAAUUGUGUUUUAUUUUAGUUUUUAGCAUCGACAAAUUAUGAUAUUGUAUAUUUUUUUAAUAUUUUUUGUGUAUUUUUAAUUAUUAAAAUAAUUUUCCUAAUACUUGUUCAAUCCCCCUUGAGCCACCAAUUACCAGUUCCAAUACUAAAAUAUUGAUGGAAGCAAUUCAUGUUUUUGUAUUUAAUAUAUUAUAUAUGUAUGUUAGUUUGCCUGUGUUACUCCAAUGCGUGUAAAAAUGGUCAUUUUCCUGGAGAUAAAAUCUGACUGUUGUUGAGAUUAUAACUCUUUUUGAUACUAUGAUAUUUCCCUAAUGUGAAUUCUCCAAAUCUAAAGCAAUUUUUUUUCAAUUGUGUCUGUUAAUUUAUCUGCAAGAAGGAAAACAUGCUUUUUAUUUUAAUUUCUAUCUAUACUGAAGCUUUUGCUUUUACUUUGUUGCUUUAGUUUGAUUUGCUAAUGUUUUCAGACUUUCGAAUUCUAACUUUCUGGAUUUUGCAAUGGGGAAUAAGCUACAGAUAUGGACUUUUUCUCUGAAUAUGGUGAUGCCAACCAGUUCAGGAUUCAAGAAGUCAUUGGGAAGGGUAGUUAUGGUGUUGUCUGUUCAGCCAUUGACACUCGCACCGGAGAAAAAGUGGCAAUUAAGAAGAUUCAUGACAUCUUCGAGCAUAUAUCUGAUGCUGCUCGAAUUCUCCGUGAGAUAAAGCUGCUCAGACUUCUUCGACAUCCUGAUAUUGUAGAAAUAAAACACAUUAUGCUGCCUCCAUCAUGGAAGGACUUCAAAGAUAUCUAUGUUGUUUUUGAGCUCAUGGAGUCUGAUCUUCAUCAAGUCAUCAAAGCCAAUGAUGACUUGACAAAAGAACACUAUCAGUUUUUCCUUUAUCAAUUACUUCGAGCAUUGAAGUACAUUCAUAGUGCAAAUGUCUAUCAUCGAGAUUUGAAACCAAAGAAUAUACUGGCAAAUGCAAACUGUAAGCUUAAAAUCUGUGAUUUUGGGUUAGCUAGAGUUGCCUUCAGUGACACGCCAACAACUAUAUUUUGGACGGAUUAUGUUGCUACAAGGUGGUAUAGAGCUCCAGAGCUAUGUGGAUCAUUUUACUCAAAGUAUACACCAGCAAUUGAUAUAUGGAGUAUAGGUUGUAUCUUUGCUGAAGUGCUAAUGGGAAAGCCACUUUUUCCUGGGAAAAAUGUAGUCCACCAAUUGGACCUGAUGACAGAUCUGCUUGGGACACCUUCACAUGAUACUAUAUCACGGGUACGCAAUGAGAAAGCAAGGAGAUACCUAACUAGCAUGAGGAGAAAGCAGCCUGUGCCGUUUUCUCAAAAGUUUCCCAAUGCAAACCCUUUAGCACUGCGUCUGCUGGAAAGGUUGUUGGCUUUUGAUCCAAAAGAUCGGCCUACGGCAGAAGAGGCAUUGGCUGAUCCUUACUUUAAGGGGCUGGCAAAAGUUGAGAAGGAGCCAUCUUGCCAUCCUAUCACAAAAAUGGAAUUUGAAUUUGAAAGGCGAAGAGUAACAAAGGAAGAAAUUCGAGAACUGAUUUUCCGUGAGAUUCUAGAGUAUCACCCUCAGCUAUUGAAAGACUGCAUGAAUGGAAAUGAGAGAACCAAUUUUCUUUAUCCAAGUGCUGUCUAUCAAUUCAGAAAGCAGUUUGCUCAUCUGGAGGAAAAUGGUAAAAAUGGUCAUGUUAUGCCACUUGAAAGAAAGCAUGUUUCUCUUCCAAGGUCAACCAUUGUACAUUCAAAUUCUAAUACAAUACACCCAAAAGAUCAAACAAACAUUGCUGCCUGCAAAAACCGACCAACUGCUGAGGAAUGCAACAGGAAUUCCAGAGAAACAAUAAUUCUAGUGCCAAGGUCAAUGCAGGGACCACCAAGAAUUCCACUAGGUCGUUUAUCAGAGGUUCUGUGCUUCCUACUCAACCUGUUCCCCCAGCGUACUAUUAUCAUCAGAGAUCCAGCAAUGGAAAUCAAGAAAGGGCUGCAACAGAAGCUGACAAGAGUGUGCCUUUGCAAGCAAAACAACAUGAUCAAGAACAAUUUGGAAUUAAUGCCAAGAGGGCACCAGAUAUAGCUAUUAAUAUUGAUACAAAUCCCUUUUUUAUGACAAGGGCAGGAGUUAACAAGUUAGAGCAAGGUGAUCAAAUAGUCAUAGAGACAAACUUGUUGCAGCCAAAGACAUAUGGUGGAAGCAGUGCUGCAGCUGGGGCCACUGCUCAUAGAAAGGUGGGUCCUGUUCAGUAUGGUAUGACAAGAAUGUUCUAGAAGAAGGGUGUUUUCCUUGUGAAUAAUUUGACCAGAGGGCAAAAUCUCUGGAGAAAAAAAAUGACAGUUUUAGGAUUAGAGCUGUUUUCUUGGUGAUGCUUUUGUAUAAAUUUUGGUUAGAACUGUCUAGAGACUUUUGAUGAUGAAAUUUAGUCCUAUAAUAUAAGUGAAUCCAGAGAAACACAUUUUGGGUGUUUA